AUGCCGUUGCACAGCAUCUCCGCACAGCAACUGGCGGACAUGCUGCCCACCGGCGUCGCCAUCCUCAACCACCGCGACGAAGCCAUCUUCACCAACCGCCGCUUCCGCGAGCUCAUGACCACCCUCGACCCGCACUCCUUCGACUGCUGGUCCCAAUCCAUCCAUCCCGACGACUUUGACCGCCUCGCGGAAGCCUACCACGACGCCUCCCGCGCCCAGCAGCCCCUCCGCAUCCAGUACCGCACCCACGACGAGGACUGUCCCUGGCGCCUGCUCACCCUCACCCCGAUGGGGCCCGACGAGCGCGCCCUCUUCGGCCUCACCACCGCCGGCGGCGCCAUCUGCACCAUCGCCGACAUCACCCAAGAAAAGACGGCCGAGCUCUCCCAGCGGAAAAUCGCCGAGGAAGCCCAGCAGCGCAAGACGCAGCAGGAGCGGUUCAUCGACAUGAUCAGCCACGAGGUGCGGAACCCGCUGUCGGCCAUCCUGCACUGCACCGAGGAUAUCCUCGAAGCGGUGCACCGCACCCAGAGAGGAGAGAGCAGCGCUGAAAAAGCCCACGCGACGAUCGCGCAAGCCGCCGAGACGAUCGGGUUGUGCAUCGCGCACCAGAAGAAGAUCGUCGACGACGUACUGACCUUCUCAAAGGUCGACGCGGGGAUGUUAACGCUCACACCGCGCCGGGUCCAGCCGCGCCGUCAGCUGGCUACCUCGCUGACGAUGUUCCGGCCGGAGCUGCGCAAGCAGAACAUCGAGUUCGAGUAUAAGCUGGAUCAUUCGUACGAGGAGCAGGGGAUUGACUGGGUGAUGGCCGAUCUGGACCGCAUGAGCCAGGUGCUCAUCAAUCUUGUUUCGAACGCGAUCAAGUUCACGGCCAAGUCCGGCGGCGAGAUGAAGGUGCGUGUGUCGAUGGGCGCGUCGACGACGCGGCCCCCGUCGUAUCCGCCGAACGUGGUGUUCUUCAACUCGGAUGCGACCGCGUUGAGGCUGGAUAAGACGCAGCAGGCGGAGUGGGGGGAUGGGCCGACGGCGUAUAUCAUGGUUGCGGUGCGGGACACGGGGAUUGGGAUCAGCGACGAGGCGCAGAAGCGGUUGUUUGAGCGGUUCAACCAGGCCACGCCGCGGACGGAGAGUAUAUACGGGGGCUCCGGGCUGGGGCUGAAUGUCAGUCGGCGACUGUGUCAUCUGCACGGGGGCGAGAUCGGCGUGAGCUCCAAGGAAGGCGAGGGCAGCACGUUUGGCUUCUUCUUUGCCGUCCGGAAAAGCGACAGCGUGGGAGAACCGUCCACCAGCACAACAGAUGAGCAGGACCGGACCUGCCGGAAGAUCCUGUCGCUGGGCGACGAGAUGACCGACGCGAACCAUCAGAUGACCUCGCCUGCCAUACCGGAGGACCCCGAGGUGACAUAUAUCGAGGAGAUCAAUCCCGCCUGCAACAGCGACAGGAGAAAGGACCACACGGCCAAAAUAGCCGAAGAGGCUACAGACGCUGAGAGUUCCACUACAACUACACCAGAGAGACGAGAUAGCCAAACUGACAACCAACACAUCCUCGUCGUUGAAGACAACAUCAUCAACCAGCGCAUUCUGUCGCGGAAACUACAAGGCCUCGGCUUCAGCGUCACCGAGGCGAGUAACGGCCGCGAGGCUCUGGAUGCCGUGAAGAAAGACCACUUUGACUGUAUUCUCAUGGACCAGGCCAUGCCGGUGAUGGACGGGAAUUCGGCGACCAAGGCGAUCCGCGAGCUCGAAAAGGAACGAUCGGGACAACAUACCCCCGUGUUAGGAGUAACGGCGAAUGUGAGAGUAGAGCAGCAGGAGGAAAUGCUGCAGUCCGGCAUGGACGAUGUGAUCCAUAAGCCGUAUAAGAUGGAUGAGCUGACCGACAAGAUUGAGCAGCUGGUCUUUAAAGAGUCGGAGUAG